CAGAGGACGGGGCUGUGUGGUCAUGGCUGAGGAGCUGAUAUAGGCUGGUGUGAAACAGGACGACGGGAUCUGCAAACAGUCCACCUUUAAAGGUCAACAUGGGGGAACAGAGAGUCGCCUGCGUGUCGCGGAUUAGCCGGAUUAGCGCUCUUUGAGAUGAUCCAUUUCUGCUAUGGCGAGAGGUCUGUUUCCACGGGCCUGGAUGACAAAGUCUUACCACUUUCAGGUCCGCCUGUCCCAUGUCCGGGUGAAGUACCUGUUCCUGACGUGGCUGACCGUGUUUGUGGGCAGUUGGGUGAUCUACGUGCAGUACUCCUCUUACACAGAGCUGUGCCGAGGACGAGAAUGUCAGAACAACAUAUGUGAUAAGUACAGAAAGGGCGUGAUCGAUGGCUCUGCCUGCAGUAGUCUGUGUGAGAAAGGCUCGCUCUAUUUCGGGAGGUGUUUGUCCAGCAAGCCAAACAAUCAGGUGUAUACAGGUAGCUGGGGGGACGUGGACGGAGUGAUCAAGUGUCAGCUGGAUGACGUGCUGCAUUAUGAGCUGGGAGAGGAGCUGGAGCCGAGGAAGGAGGCGGCGCUUUUUGAGAAACCAACUCGGGGAACCUCUGUGGAGAAGUUCAAGGAGAUGGUGUCCAGCCACCUGAAGGCCAAGGUUGGGGAACAAGCCAACCUGGCCGGCUUGGUGGCCCUGAUCCUGACCGUCGCCGAUGGCAACAAAGACGGCCGUGUCUCUCUUCCGGAGGCCAAAUCUGCCUGGGCUUUGCUGCAGCUUAAUGAGGUCUUAUUGGCCGUAGUUCUGCAGGACCGUGAGCACACGCCCAAGCUGCUGGGCUUCUGCGGUGAUCUGUACGUGGUGGAGAGGGUCCCUUACACCCCUCUGUACGGCCUCAGCCUGCCCUGGCCUCUGGAGCUGUGGGUCCCUGCAGGUUUCCACCGCAGCCUGGACCAGUGGUUCACUCCGUCUUGGCCACGGAAGGCGAAGAUCUCCAUCGGCCUGCUGGAGCUGGUGGAAGACGUCUUCCAUGGGCCGUUUGGCAGCUUCCUCAUGUGCGACAUGAGGCCCGGCAGCUUCGGUUACACAGAGCGGCACGACUUGCGCUUGGUGGACGGCCGGCUGGUGGUGCCGGAGGAGGCCUUCAGGAGGGCCAUGAGGCUGCAGAGGUGCCAGGAGGACCAGGACUGCGUGUAUGGAGUUGAUUGCCGGACAACGUGCGACCGCGCCGAAGGCCGCUGCACGGCGCAGGUGAGCCAGCCCAACCUGGCCAGAGCCUGCGGGGCGCUGAAGGACUACCUCCUGCGGGGGGUGCCGGCGCACCUGCGGGACGAGCUGGAGAAGCAGCUGUACGCCUGCAUGGCGCUCAGGGGCUCGGCCGAGCACAUGGAGAUGGAGCACUCGCUCAUCCUCAACAACCUGAAAACACUGCUGUGGAAACAAAUCUCGCACACAAAGGACUCGUAAUGCUGAGGCGUCCAGUCGCGGAGAAUCACGACCCUGCACAGUCUCUCGUUCUCUGUCUCGGCGCUUAGGGCUGCACUACAGCUAUCAAGUCGAUUAGCCCUCAAAAACGUUGAAUAUGUGCCAUUCGCUUAAAAACAAAAUCACCCUGUAAUUCUGUGAUGUUCCUGUCGUCACCGUCAUAGCAAAACCUUGAAGUUAGUGGUUUUUUUUUUGUUUUUUUUGUUUUUCUUUACUUUUUUCUUUACAUCAUUUGAAAACGUGGACUAAAAUUUUGUUACAUUAACGUUAGAAAUGCAAAUUAUGGCAAACCAUCAACCAGCAAGCCUCAAAUCGAAGAUGUGGCCCAUCAAAUUGUCAGUUAUCAGAGUUCUGGGUCUGAAAUCUGAUUGGCUGAGUCACAUUCUAACCCAUUUUAAUAUACUUGCUAUAAACACGAGUUCAUCAACUGAAUUGGCAUGUGGAACAUAGUACUGACAGAUGGAACCAGGUAUCACAGUGUACAUGAGGUAAACGGCCCAAAACUGUAUUAACAUACAAAGGAACGCUGGUUUGGGGCUGGUGACUGUGUUUAUAAUUAUAAUAUAGAGAUAUAAUAGAAUAGAAUAUAUAAUAAAGGGAUACUGAAAUGUUUAUAUUGUAAAGCUUUAAAGUUAUAUUUACUGUAAAUUAUUAACUCACGUCAAACCGAACAUAAAUACCAUGACUGGGGCAGCUUUAGCUCAGUCUGUCUUUUCACCUGCAGAUAUUGAUGGGCUUCAUCAUUGUAGUUGUGCUGUUGUCAUUUUAAAAACUCCAGUAUUUUCAGCUGCGUUUCAUUUUUUUAGUUGGUCUGUCGGGCAAAACCUAAAAAAAAAAUCACCUAUUGCACCUUUAUUAAAAAUGUACCUCAAAUAAAAUG